UGCAUCUCUGAGAGCUUGCUAGGCUAUGGGAUCCAUAUAUGAUUGUUUUUUUCUCUUUCCAUUCUCUCCCUCUAUGGCAGAAACAGGAAGACCAUUGCUCAUUCCGCUCGUGAUGGAUUCCUACCAUUACCAGAGGAAUCAAAUUCCCUAUGUCCCAUACCGUUAUUAUUACCAUCCCAAUGCUCAAAUUUCCCGGCCUCCUCCAAACCUCGAUCCGGGCAAACCCUAUGAAUCAUGUCCAUUUUAUGCAUAUCCACAACCCCAUGGCUGUUGUGGCCAUAGCUAUCAACCUCCUAGUCACUGUGCUUUCGGACCAACUUAUGCCCCCCACACUGCACCUCCUCCUUUUCACUAUGCACCUCCCGGAUCACAUCCUUUUUGCUAUUUGCCCCAACCCUAUGUCUCUAUGGAUCGACCUUGCUAUGAUUUUCGAAAGAAUUUCCCGGCAGAAUAUCACUGUUGCGGUUGCCCAAACCAUCAUUGCAAGCCAAAUGAGACAAAUGCUGUGAAAAUUGAGGAGCAUGAUGAGGGUUUGGACAAGAAAAAUGCGGAAGCCAUGGUUCCUUUCAAUGCCAAGAGUGAACCAUAUCCAGUUGGGUGGUUCCCGUGUGGUGAUGGCUGCAGGGAGAAAACAAAAGAGUGCGGUGAUGCUUAUAAUGGCUGGCUGCCUCUGAAUUUCUUUAAGAGGUCUGCUGAUGGAUUGGAGAAAGGGGAAGACUUGUUGAAAACCCAGCAUAAGCCAGAUGCUAAUAGCAUGCGCUUUCCAUUUCCAAUAAUUUGGAUGCCUGAUCAACCAGAGGACAGUCAAAAGAUGGAAAGGCAAGGGACUGAUCUUUGUCAAAAAUCUGAUAUAGAAUCGGCUCCUCACAUGGAGUCCAAGCAGAGUAGGUCAUCCAAGGUGGAAGAUAAUGCCUUAGACUCAAUGAAAAACAAGGGGGUACCUGGAAAUGGUGAGAAGAUGGUACACAAAGGAGUUUCUUUUCCGAAGGUCAUUCCAGUAAAGCAAUUGGAAGACAAUGAUGUGAAGUGCAUUCCCAAUAAGAUUGAGGGGGAGUCCACCAUGGAUCCCACAAAGCAUGACACUAACAACAAAUCCACCAAUGCUUCCACAAAGCCCAACACUAACAACAGGGACGGAAAACUUGAUGGGGACGGACCUAAAAAAGCAUCGACUUCAAAAAAGACAUCUAAGCUACCUCCUGUUUGUCUAAGGGUUGAUCCAUUUCCCAGAAAAAAAGUAUGCAAUGGCAGUUCAAGAUCUCUAACUCAUUCUGGGGCUGAAGGAAAACAAAAUGUUGUCCCAAAAGACAAAUGUCCUGUCUCUUUGAAUGGGGCAGAGACUUGUAAAAAUAAAGGCUGGGAUGGCACAAGUGGGGUGGCUGUCGAAGAGACAGCCCAAGGGAAUACACACAGGAAUGUGAAUGUGGAAUGCCGGGAUGGCGCUAGUGGAGUGGCUGUUGAAGGAACAUCUGAAGGGAAAGCACGGAAGGAUGUGAAUGUUGGAUGUGCUGUUUCUUCUGCAAGUGAAAAUUGUACCGAAAAUGACAGUUUUGGAGUUGAAGGAGCUCCUUCUUGGAUAGAAAUGACAACUGGCUCUGAUGAUAAUUCUGAGUGUGACAACCCAAAUGGUCAGAUGAGAACACAGAUCAAAAGUCUACCCUCAGAAGAUGAGGCGGCCACAAAAAUCCAAUCUGCAUACCGUGCUUUUGAAGUGCGUAAAUGGGAGCCUCUGAAGAAGCUAAAGCAAAUAGUUAGUAUUAGAGAGAAAGUGGCUGAGAUAAGAAGUGAUAUUCAGGCUUUGUAUGACUCUUCAAACAAACCGGUGGAUGACAAGCAGAAAAAUGUGAUUACAGAAAAAAUAAUGGGCCUUCUGCUGAAACUGGAUAUGAUUCAGGGGCUACACCCGAUUGUCAAAGACGUUAGGAAAUCGGUUGCAAGAGAGCUGGUAAGUCUGCAGGAGAAGCUGGAUAACGGAAGUUUACAAGUAGAAGCAGUUCCUGAACCUGAGCAGCCUAUAGCAGCGGAUGAUACUAUGAAGGAAGAUGGGAAUGCUAUGGACGUGCAAGGUCCCACGAACACAAUGGAUCGAUGUGAAGACCUGCCACAUCCAACGGAAUGUUUGCAGGAGAAUGAUGGACAAGGGAUUGAUGACCAAGUAGAUGAUGCAUUUGCUGGUACUCAGCCACCUUGUUCCAAAGAGUUAUUAGAAGCCAAGGAUAUAUUGGAGCCGACCAAUUGGGAUGCGGAGAGCACAGACAUCAGUAAUGGUCUCCCAGAGCCAUUGCAAGUGUCUACCUUGUUGAAGGAGAUUGGGGAAAUCCCAGCACAAGAUAAGAUCUUGAAUAGUGUAGAGCAGGUGGCAGCACAAACUCAACCUUGUGAGGUGCUUGAUAAUGAAGAAUCAAGAAUUUGCAGGGAGGCGACAACAACGGUGGAUGAUGUUGGAGGAUUGCCACAAGAUUUAUCAGAGGAUAAACAGGUUGCAGUGGAAAGCUCGAGGGAGAACCAUGUCGAGGAGAACAAGGUGAUACUUGAUACCACUUCUGAAUAUGCAGUAGAAGACGCGAGUGUUCCAAAGCUGCCUAGAGAAGAAGAACCGGAAGAUGAUGAAAAGAGAGUCUGUGAUGAGAAUGUUAUUGAGGUUGAGGGGUGUGGAGAUUCAGACGCCACAGAUGGUGGGGAUGGGAAGGUAGUAGUAAUGGAGGAGGAGGAGUUGAGGAAGGUGAUGGAGGGAUUGAUCGAAGCCGGAAAGGAGCAGCUGGCGGCCAUAAACGCUCUCUCUGUUAGAGUCACCCAGCUGGAGAAGAGAUUAUUGUCUAGGCGAAAGAAGAAGGCAAAACCCAAAUUCGGAAUAUUGUCCAACCCAAAAGAAAUAACCUUAACCCCCCCUCCUUUCAACCAUAUCCAUUGUCGAUUACCACCAUUGUCGUCAUCACUCUUCUCGCUCAUCUCUCUACUGAUGCCUGGCUGAAGAAAUUCAAUUCUUCCUCUGAAUUUUCUCUGAAUGAUCGCAAUCGAAUUAUGGUUUGUAGAGCACAUUCGGGGAUUUCUCCAGAUUUAAAUGUCAAAAGGUAUUUUUAGAAUUUAUUAAUAAUUUUUUUGUCAAAGAUCGGAUGGAAUAAGAUGAAGAAAUCUUAUUCAUUUAUCUAAUGCAUGCCUAUUUUUCUUAAAGAUUUGUUAGAAUCAUUUUUUUGAAUAUUAAACUAAAAGAUCUACCUUUUU